AUGCCUUCGCCUGGUUGUCCUCCGUUGAAAAUCUCAAGUGGCACCAUGCAGCCCUCAGAGACCACGCCUCGGCUGGACGAGAAGGCCGGGGACCGGACGCUCUUCGACAUGGUGAAGGAUGACGAGCGUUGGGCAGUUCUCCUCGAGGACCGAGAGUCCCAAUUCACCGGAGGUGACAAGCUUGAGUACCAAUACCAGGUCUAUCUGGCGGAAGUGGUUCCUGUGAUGAAGAGCAGAAGCUGCAGCUUCAAGGAGGCUGUGAACAUUCUGCAUCCUCCUUCUGGCGAGGACAAUGAGAAGCUACGCAUUGACACCACGAAGGAGGAGCCGAAGGACAAGACCAAUCCCUCAGCUUCCACGGAGCCUCGAGAGCCGGAAAUGGAAGCCAAAGCUCCACCAAAGCUCCUGGAGGAGGCUGCCUCAUCUUCUCCCGAGAAGAAGGUCGAAGCUGCCUCUACCGAGAAGAAGGACCUCGACAAGAACGACGAGAUUCAGGAACCCAAGGCGCGCAACGCGGAGACUUCGCAGAUGGAGCAAAAGUCGGAGUCAUCGGGCCACCGGAGGAAGGAUUCAAAGGCUGCAGGGCGUUCAUCGUCCGAACCACCGACUCCCAAGAAGGAGAAGGCUUGGGCGCGAGAUCGACAGGAGGACACGCAGAACAACCCGAGUCCCAAACGUGACAGACGGCCAAGCACUUCCAUCGCCAUCCAAACUGAAGAGGCCAUCCCACAAGGCUCCCAGACGCAGGAGGUCCCCGCUUCUGAGAAGCCAAAGAAGGUGAAAGUCAAAACUCCUCGCGGCAGCUCCGGCGAGCGCGGCAGCUCCUCUUCGUCUGGUCUCCGUCAGCCACUCCUGGGUCCAAACCCGACAACCCAGACAAAGGGACACAGGCAGAAGGAGAAGAAGGCCAAGCAGGAGGCGGAUAUGGUGGCGAAGUACGAGGACUGCAGUUGCGAAAGAACUAUCAACAGUGCCGGCGUGCGUUGGUUGCUGAUCUGCGCCGCUGUCGUCUUCAUGGGAACCGUCUUGCUACCCAAGCCUUUGCCUGAAGGGAAAUCCGAUCUGCCGCGUGAACGGCCGUCCGCCGUGCCACUUCACCAUUCAGAUGAAGCAGGCAAGAGUUCGCACAGAGUUGCGGUGCCCUCGAAGCCGGACGAGAGAGACGAGACUGAACUGAAGUCUGCCCAGAAAGAGCUCAAAGACGAGCUUACCAAGCUGGACAAUUUGGAGGAGGAGCAGAGGAAGACACAACGUGUGGAGAACCUGGCGCGCCUAUCGCAAAAGGAGAACGAGGAUGAAGCCCGAUCCCAGAAGAAGAAGGAUCACCUACGGCAGGCGGCCUUGGAUGCCGAGGUCCAGGCCAAACUCGCCAUGGAUGAACUUCAGGAGGAUCAAGCCAUCAAGCAUCAGCAGGCCAAGGUGAAGAUGGCGGAGGAGAAGAUUGACGACCUCGAAGCGAGCGCCAAAGGAGAGAACACUGGGCAGAAAUCUCCCUGA